CUACCACCUUGUCUUCUUUGCUUUUAUUGUAAUCUUUGUUCAUUGAAUCCUCUAUGGCUCUCUCUCUUCCAUCCCUUCUGAUCCUUUUAACAACUUUGCUUCUGACAACAGAGGCAACGACUUUCAUCCAUUCGCGAGCAGCUUACUACCCAAACUCUGAUGAACAUGGAACAGAUGUGGGUGCAUGCGGUUUUGGUUCUUUUGGAGCAACAAUAAAUGGUGGAGAUGUAUCAGCAGCAUCUGAUCUCUACCGUAAUGGUGUAGGCUGUGGUGAUUGCUACCAGGUGAGGUGCACCAACAGCCACUAUUGCUCAGACAAAGGUGUGACCGUGGUUAUAACCGAUCAAGGCUCAGGUCCCAAUACUGACUUUAUCCUGAGCAGACGAGCCUUUGGUAGGAUGGCUCAGACAAAAGAUGCAGCUGCAUCUCUAUUAGCCCUUGGAGUUGUUGACAUUGAAUAUAGGCGUGUUUCAUGCAGCUACCCCAACAAAAAUAUUACUAUCAAGAUAGAUGAGAACAGCAACUACCCUUACUAUUUAGCAUUUGUCCUAUGGUAUCAACAAGGGGAUAAGGAUAUCACAGCUGUGCAGCUAUGUGAGACCCAAAACUUUGUGUGCAAGCUCUUGGAUAGGAGUUAUGGAGCAGUAUGGACAACCACUUCACCACCAAGUGGUCCAUUGUCUUUAAGGAUGUUAUUGAGCGGAGAGGACGGAGAUGAAUCUUGGAUUGUUCCUGUUAACAACAUACCAGAAAAUUGGAAAGCUGGAGAGACAUAUGACACAGGAGUACAAAUUGAUAUCUAGAUAUCUGCACCAGAGUCAUUCAUUUCUUUGUUUUAGCAACACACCUAAAAGAAUAAGUUUCUAGGUUUCCUCAAAUAUGUUCUUUCAUUAUGUUUAAUUGGUUACAAUAUAUAUUUUAUUAUUUUGUGUCAAGGAAGGAGUGACAAAUUUUAGCAAGUAAAAUUCUUAUGUAAUCUUUGACUAAUGAAAUUUUAUGUUUCUUAAUAAAGAUUUAAAUUU